GAUUGUAAGUUUAUAUUCUGCAAAGGUUCUCUUACGUGUUGUCAAUCUGUUGGUUGCCAGCUUUACAGAUUAACAAAUAUUUUAUAAAACUAGCAUUUUAUCAUCGUAUAUAAUGUCUGCAUUGUUCGACGUUAGAAAUUCCUAUUACAUAGGCAACUAUCAGCAAUCUAUAAACGAGGGGCAGAAAAUUAAGGCAAAGACUCCUGAAAUUCAGCUGGAAAGGGACAUAUUUCUAUACAGGUCAUACAUAGCACAGAAAAAGUACAGGGUGGUCAUCGAUGAAAUUGGAAAUUCCUCGCCCGACGAGAUCAAACCCCUGCGCCUUCUGGCUGAGUACUUUUCCAACAAACAAAAAGCUCAAUCAAUCACAGAAUCUCUUGAGCAAGCUUUAGCUAACGAUAAUGGAGAAAAUCAUACUUUAGUCUUAGUAGCAGCCACGAUAUACUGCCAUGAAAAGAAUUACGAAGCUGCUCUAAAAGCGCUUCAUGGCGAUGAUCACAUUGAAAGUAUGGCUCUUGCUACACAAAUUUACCUUCGCAUGGACAGGGUAGAUUUGGCAAAAAAGGAAGUCAAGAACAUGCAAGAAAAGGAUGAAGAUAACACACUAACUCAGCUUGCUCAAGCUUGGCUCAACAUCGCAAUGGGCGGAGAUAAACUGCAAGAUGCUUAUUAUAUUUUCCAAGAGCUGAUCGACAAGUAUGGAAGCAGUGCGGUACUCUUGAACGGCCAGGCGGUUACUUUCAUAAGCCAGAAGAUGUACGAGGAGGCGGAAUCAGCACUUCAAGAGGCCAUGGAUAAAGAUUCCAAUAACGCAGAUACACUUUUAAAUAUGAUGGUCUUGUCUCAACAACUGGGGAAACCUUUGAAGGUUGCCCAUAGGUAUCAGAGCCAGCUCACAGAUUCCCACGCAGACCAUCAUUUUGUCUCUGAUUACAACAGCAAAGAAGCAGAAUUUGACAGACUCGCCAGAAAUUAUCCCGGUUACGAGGGCGUCGCUACUCAGUAAAUUAAUUAUAGAAUUUUUAUACCAUU